GGAGAAUCGGCGUGAAACCACGCAAAGGGUUCGGCGAUGACACGGCUUCUCCAUCAACUUUUGCUUUGCCAGUCCUCUCCGUUCCAGCCUUUUUUUCUUUUUUUUUUUUUUUAAAAAAAAAAAGACAAAAAUCACUCGCCGUAUCUCUUAUUGACAAGCGUAAUGGCAACGCUGGCCACUUCGCUGCCCGCGAAGUCUGACGCUACGGCCGUGAUUGUUCCUGGUUCGACGUCGUUGUCCGUCUCAUUCGCCGAGCUCGACGCAGAGAUCCGCUCCUUCCAGCGGAAGCUUGCAAAGCUCGGCAUCGGCCAUGGAGCCGCUGUAUCUAUUGCUCUGAUUAACAGCUAUGAGUUUAUCGUCUCUUUCCUUGCGGCAGGUUUCCAAAGAGCCAUUGCAGCCCCGUUGAAUCCGGCCUAUAAACAGUCUGAAUUCGAGUUCUACAUCGACGAUCUGAGUUCCUCGUUAGCCCUUGUUCCCAGGGGUGCGUAUGACGAAGAUGCACCCGCCGUACGAGCGGCUCGAAAGUACAAUGCGGCCAUCGCAGAGUGUUACUCGAAUGGCAAGGAGGUCGUUCUUGACGUGAAAGAGCUUGGGAAACUGAAGGGCAAUGGGGACAAAAAGAUUGAGUCCGCGCGGCCAGAUGACGUCGCCCUCGUCUUGCAUACUUCGGGAACCACAGGACGGCCCAAAGCGGUGCCCUUGACGCAUAGGAACCUCACAAGGACAAUGAAGAAUAUCGAAGCAACGUACGAUCUGUCAUCUGAAGACAGGACGUACCUAGUCAUGCCCCUGUUCCAUGUCCACGGCCUGCUGGCUGGUUUUCUUGCGCCACUUGCAGCGGGAGGUUCUGUGAUUGUACCACCCAAGUUUUCUGCGCAGCAAUUUUGGUCCGAUUUCAUCGCAAAUAAAGCGAAUUGGUACACCGCCGUGCCAACCAUCCAUCAGAUUCUACUCAAAUCACCUCUGCCGCAGCCAGUACCUAACAUUCGCUUCAUACGAAGCUGCUCAAGCCCUCUCAGUCCCAAGGUAUUUCAUGAACUGGAAAAGGCGUUGAAGGCCCCCGUUCUGGAGGCGUACGCGAUGACCGAAGCAGCUCACCAAAUGUGUUCGAACCCGUUGCCGUCCAGAGGGAAACGCAUUCCUGGGUCUGUUGGCAUUGGCCAGGGUGUCGAAGUCAAGAUCCUCGAUGAAAACGGGAACGAGCUGCCGAGGGAAACAAAUGGAGAAAUUUGUAUACGGGGGGAGAACGUAACCAAAGGAUACCUAAACAACGAAGCAGCGAACGCCUCCUCGUUCACCAAAGAUGGUUUCUUCCGCACUGGUGAUCAAGGAAAGAUGGAUAAGGAAGGCUAUGUCUACAUCACGGGCAGAAUCAAGGAGCUGAUCAACAAAGGCGGCGAGAAGAUUUCGCCGAUAGAACUAGACAACAUUCUGGUACAGCAUCCUGCUGUGGGCGAAGCGGUCUGCUUUGCAAUUGCCGACGAGAUAUACGGGCAAGAUAUUGGUGUUGCCGUCGUGUUGAAAAACGGCAAUCAGCUGACGGAGAAGGAUCUCGUGGACUGGAUGAGAAACAAAGUGGUCAAAUUCAAAGUGCCAAAGAGAGUUUGGUUCACUGACACGAUGCCCAAGACGGCGACUGGUAAAAUUCAACGAAAGAAUGUGGCCGAUGCCAUGCUGAAAAAGGACGAGACUAGGGCGAAACUUUAGACAGAAAGACAGGAUUGAAUAAACACGAAGCCUGUUUAAUAUGUAGGGUACUUAAUCGACUUUAACUUCGCCCGUAGACCUCUUUACCCCUUAUUCUGCCGAUGAGGGUGACAUGCAAAUGAAACCAUUGUUAUGGCA